AUUUCCGAAUCAACAUAACGUUUUGAAAUCCCCGCAAGAGUGCACAUGUUGAUAAUAAUAUUGACCGUGACAUUUAGUUUUGUCUCACAUUUCCGCACGAUCACCAUAGAAGCAAAGGAUUUUCAGUGAUAUAGUUUUGGACGCAAAUAUUCGAGUGGAAAAAAAUCGUGAACGUUAGAAACAUGAUUGGAAAGCUAGUGUUUGCGUCAUGCGUUUUGGCCGUCGUAUUAGCUGCGCCAAAACCAGGGGAGGACGGGAAAUGGCACCCUCAGAAAUAUGGUGACACUGGAAAGUACGUCCACAUCCCUAACCCCUACAUCCACAUAGACAACCCGUACGACGGAGGCUAUGGCCCGUACAACCACCUGAUUGACCCCUACAUCCACGAAGAGUCCAGAGACGUCUACAAGUUCGUCAUGGUGCCCCCUAACGACAUCAACCCUUAUUACAAGGAAGGCUACUACAAAAACAAUGGAAUCAAGAUCAUCAAGCAAAGGCAUAAUUACCAAGAAGAUAAAUAUGAUUUUGAUUUCGAGACCGAGAACAAGAUUCGUGCUGAAGAGAAGGCAGUCCUUAAACACCCGAACAAGAUAGUAGAUGGCACAGCAUCAUCAGGUUUCUAUGAGUACAUAGGACCUGACGGUUUCAUGUACAGAGUGGACUACACUGCCGAUGAAAAUGGUUUCCUUCCUAAACUGAAGCGAUUGGAAACGCCGUACUCCGGAAAAUGGGUCCUAGAAAAGGCUAACUAGAUUUCGGUUAUGGAUUUAGAGAUAAUAGGGUCAAAGUUGGGAGAAAUCUAUUUGCACAGUGAGCUGAUUUUUGUUGUUGAGAGCGGAUUUCGCAUUAUGGAGAUCAAACUUUAAUGCAUCGAGUUUGCAAUGUCGCUGCGAAAUAAUUAUGAUAAUGUUGUUUUUGCUCCAAAUUGCCUGGCCAGAGCUUUUAGGAGAAAAAUAUCUUUAAGAUUAAGUUAAUUAAUAUAACAUAUUUAAAUUAGAUUAGCUAAUGCGCCUAAUUAGCUUGUAGAGGUAUCGUAUUUGGAACAGCGAGAGUGAAUCUGUCCAUCGUCAAAUUUAACAUUAUGUGACAUUCUUGAAAUCUAGGCCAAACAAGCCUUUGUAUUCUUUUUCAAUGUUAGUUUGAAUGAAAACGUAUGUUAUUAUGUAAAAAAAUUAAGAGAUUCCUGUCUUUAAAAGACUGAUAAGUUGUAGUUAAUGUAUUUCAUUGUAUGAUAAAAUAUUUUAUAAAUUGUGAUAAUAAAUACUUUUAAACAAG